GGAAACUUACUGUGAUGGCAGACAGGAUGGAGCUCAGUGUUAUGGAGCUUUGGGAGGAAGUGUGGAGAUCAAGCUGAUGGACAGCACCUCAAAAAUACCUCGAUACCAUUUGUUAAAGAAUUCAUUAAAAAUACUAGAUGUCAAAGAUAAUAUAGCUCUUCCUAAUAUCACAGAAUAUAGAUCAGUCAUUUUUUCCUGUAAUGGAACAUUUAGGAUCAAUAACUUGAGCAGGAAUGAAAGUGGUAAUUAUACCCUUCAAACCUUUGAUUCAGAUGGAAGAUCAACAGGCGAGCAGACUUUUCAGUUGUUUAUUCAAGCUCCUGUGUCCUCUGUCCUGCUGGUCUCUGAGUGUCUGUCCCUGGGAGAGAGGUGGGUGUCCUGCUCCUCUGAGAGAGGGGACAGUCCUCAGUACAGCUGGACUCUGGAUGGACGCACACUGACAGAUGCUGAGCUCCUUUCUGGAGAUGAUGAGACUAACAACAUCACUCUGAAACAGCACGUCUCAGGACGUCUGGUCUGCUCAGUCAAGAACAACGUCAGUAAUGUCUCCAAAGAACAGAGAAUAUAUAUCUGUGCAGUAAUUUUACUAUUGAUGGUUGGUGUCCUCUCAGUACUGGUGAUUUUCUUAGUUGUGGGUAUAGCAGUCAUCUGUUUCCAGAAGAAAAAACAAAACAACAAAUCUGUAAAACAAAAAGAGGAAGAAGACAACCAAGUGGAGCGAAGAGCUGUAGUGAAGGUGGAGGUGGCGGUACAACACGCCCAAGUCAAGACUAAAAAGCGAUCUAGGCACAGCAAACCAACAGGAGGUGACUGUUUGUAUGCAACAGUCCAUAAAGGUGAUUUAAGUGAUUGCUGAGUUUAGGUGGGCUGCAACACUGUAAGUCCAUGGAGGGAGAAGGUGAUGGAAAGAUACCUAAAGGUUUUUCAUUUAAUGUGAUUUCACAUCAGACUAAUCAUCAGAGCUCAUGAAUAUUGAUUUUCAUUACUUCGAGUUCCAAAUUACCACAGGGCAUCAAUGCCUCCAGUCUUAGAUUCCCUUUGUGUUUAAUUACACAACUUAUUUUGUUGAAGCUCUAAUGGAACAAAGAUUAUGAUUGUAAUGGGAACUUUCUUUUAAUUUGAAAUUGACUAGUUUUUGACUUUGUAAUUGUGGAAUUCAAUUAUCAGAUUAAACUUUUGCAUGACUGCAGUGCAACCAGUACUCUGGGCAGUGAUAUAACAUCCAGAUGCCAGCUUCUGUUAUAGAAUUAUUAUUUUUAUAGAAUAAUCAAAAACAUUGUGUUAUUUGGUUUCAUCACUACUGAGCAGUACUCAUAACAUCAUAACAAUCAAUCAUAACAUCUCAUGAAACAUCCCACAGUAAAACCUUAGAGUAUUAUAGAUUUGUGCACUGCUAACUACUUUUUAUAGUGAUAAUAAGAAGCAUCAGUUUUGGAUCUAUGGAUCUAUGGGCACAUGUUCAACACAGUGGCAGCUUAUUUUUACUUACAACAAACUAUAAAUGCUUUGAAUAUGUUUAUACUUGCCAGGAAAUUGACAAUAAGCUUCAGCGCAAAUAUCAAGAAGAUCUUCAGAGUCAAGAUAACAUUUAAUUAGCUCAAAUCUGCUUCUAUAAUUAUGUUCUUGUUUUUUUAUUCAAUGUAAAUAUUAGAUAAACAACAAAAUGCACAUUUAGACAUAAAUUUGGAGACAGUGAGAUUAUUCUUUUUUUGUUUAAGAUUACCAGAUUUUCAUAGAUUUGGCUAUCAUAGAUUUUGAAAAUAUAUUUAUAUAUGUGUAAAAUGUAUUUUUAUGCAUUUGGUAAUUUACAGAAAUAUUUACAAAUACUGGCAUGCAUGUCUAAGAGAAACUUUGAGAUGACUGAAUGAUGUCGUUAAUAAUUUUGUUAUUCAUCUCUUUGGAAUCUGUUUCUUCUCCUCAUUGUAUCAGCG